AUUUUUUAAUCUAAUCAACCUAUAUAAGAUGAAUGGUAUCUUGUUUUGAAUGUAUUAUUAGUGAAAGAGUUUCAAAUACAAAAAAUAUGUUGCUGAUUGUAUUGCUAUUGACGUUAUAUCCAAACGAAGGAAUUGGUGGAUCCUGUUGGUUCAAGGCCCAUACCUUUUACUGCAGCAGAAUAAAUCAAGACCAGUUUUUGUACGAAUUAUUUAGACAAGAAGAGUAUUUAUCAAGUAAUUAUAUAAACACGAUCAUAAUUGAGGACUCCGACUUUCAGGCUAUUACUGACUUCCCUAAUUUAAGUGAUUUAUUACCAAAUAUAACAAUAACAGAUUUGGCUAUUCGCCGAUCAGUUGUAAACUAUAUAUCUGAAAGCACCUUCACCGUAUUUGAUCAGUUGGUAAAUCUGGAUUUAAGUGAAAAUUAUAUAGAUAAUGUUGCGUUUUGUGCAGGUUUGUCAGUUUCCGUUAAAACGGCAAAUCUAAGUCAUAACCGUAUUUCUAGUAUAGAUAUAAGCCAAAGAAAAGUAGUUUUAGAUUACCUAGAUUUAAGUUAUAACAAUCUUACCAAAUACACCGAGUCUUCUAUUGAUCGGGAUUUCAUGGGGAAAUCUCUUGACCUAAGUUACAACACAUACUUAACUGAUGUUUACGUUUUGGAAAAAAGUGAACUGUACAUUUUGGGAUGUAACGUACAAAAUUUUGUUAAUCAUUUAACAGUAAAAAAAAUGUUUACUAACUUUUUGCCUUACCAUUGCAAACUUAAUGUUGUUGACUUUUUUACAAUUUCUAAUACAAAUUUAAACGUAAUAACUCAAAAUGUAGCACCUAACAUUUUCUGUGAAAGUGGUUCUACUCUAAUAGAUUUUUCUAAUACCAAUCUUACUGCAAUACCAAAAAAUUUUUUUGAUUUUGACUCAGACUGUUUUGAACUAAAUCUUAGUUACAAUGACCUGUCAAAUUUAGAGGACCAUAUAUUAGGGUCAACAACAUUGAAAAAAAUAAAUCUUUCAUUUUCCAGAAUAAGUAAUAUCUCAUCCAAAUUUUUUAAAGCAAAUAAUCGUAUAGGUGAAAUAAAUUUAACAGCAAAUUAUUUAGAUAAAAGUGUUUGUGAUGGUAGCGAAAAUUUGAAUGACCUAUAUUCUCUUGACAUGUCAUUGAAUAGUCUAACAGAACUUACUUCAAAUAGCUUUAAAUCUUGUGUUUAUUUAAAAUACAUAAAUAUGUCACGGUGUUUUAUAGACCAUGUUGCAUCUGAUAGUUUUAAAUCGUUACGGAAUGUAGAGUCAAUCAAUUUAAGCAAUAAUAAAAUACUCAUCAUAGAAUCAGAUACUUUCUACAACCUGCAAAAUUUAAUGGCCUUAGAUCUUUCCGAAAACUAUUUGGAAGCUAUAAGAGAAAACGCCUUCUCAAAAUUAGACUCCCUGGAGAAAAUACUAUUUUCUAAAAGUGACAAGACUAAACGUGUUGGGUUAACUAUUCAUACUGGUGCUUUCCAAGAUCUAAGGAAACUUAAUGAACUGCAACUUGCAGAAUUGGGAAUUCAGCAAAUGAUGCCCGGUGCAUUUAAAAAUCUAUUAAACUUAAAUAUCAUUGACUUAAGGAAAAAUUAUUUAUCUUUCCUAGGUACUGAUGUAUUUUUCAAUAUUAAGGCUCAUGCAUUAUAUUCUGGUUAUGUGUCCAUGCCAGUGCAUUUUGAUUCAACUGUCAACAUUACUAAUUUGUUUCUAGAGACAUACCAAUCAAUAUUACAUGAACGGUCUGUGGUAAGCCUUAACUUGAAGCAUUUACAUAUCUUGAAUUCCAAUAUUUAUCUUAUAUCGUCAAGUUUUCUGUUAGGCUCAUAUAAAUUAGAAUAUCUGGACUUCGAAAAUACAACUGUACAAAUUGCAAACUCCGAAGUUUUUACUGGUUUAUUUAAUUUGUUGGAAUUGGAUGCAACAAUUUUCUUCAGAGAUAUAGACGUUCUCAAAGUCUAUACGUUUAAAGAUUUAAAUAGUCUAAAAUCUCUGUAUUUGUCAAAUGGCAAAUUGACGACAAUCGAAAAGGAUGCAUUUUUUGGGCUCAAAAACUUAGAAAAUUUAUAUUUGAAUAACAAUAAGAUUGAAUAUUUGGAUGCAUCACUUUUCAGAAAUCUUAAACUAUCUCUAUUGGAUUUAUCAAACAAUGCUUUUGAAACUAUAGAUAUAUUGUCUUUUCCUAGUAAUUUACCUUACUUAAAAAAUUUGGAUUUAAGUCAUUGUCAACUGAAAAAUUUGAGUGCAUCAAAUAAAACACAACACGAAAACUUGGAGAGGUUGAUUUUAUCAAAUAAUAUGUUAACUGAAAUAUCUAAUUUGAUUAUUGACUCAUUUCCAAACUUACGGAUUCUACAUAUUAACCAAAAUAUGAUUUCAAGAAUUCCCUAUAUAGAGGAUGGCAGAAAUAUAACGGAAAUACGAGCAGAUGGCAAUCACUUAACAUAUUUAAGCAAUAUUGAUGCUAAAAAAAACUUACAAUUUUUAAACAUCUCUGAUAACCCAAAUUUGGGAGUAAACGUGCAAGUAACUUACUUAAGAGAAGUUCCAUUUUUGGAGACAUAUUUAAUGGAAAAUACUGGCAUAGUGCUUAGAUAUAACGAAAUAGCUUAUUACUUUCCAAGCUUAAAACAGGUAGGGCUUAACUAUAACAAUUACCAGUGCAAUGAGUUACAAAGGAUUGUACAAAAAAUGGACGAAAGAAACAUUAGUUAUAUACCAGAUAGUCCCAGGUAUGACAUUGAUAAUAUCAAUGGUAUAACCUGUGUAAAUAAAAUAUCAUCGUCGUAAUCAUCAUCAUCGUCUACUAUAACCACAACAAAUUAACAAACAUUAUCAUUCUCACUUGUUGAGGGUUUUAUUCAUCAUCAUCAUGAUAUCUAUACUCACAGAGAAGUGAAUCAUCCCAAUCGAUUUUUCGCGGGGAAUCAGUCCGGAUUACCUUUUUGGUUUUACAGUUGAUUCUGUGAAGUGGCAUCUUCGACAAUAUUUCUCUAUUCGUUCCUGUUUUUGCUUAUUGUUGGCUAUUUUCUAACUCCCAUGUUCUUAAUGUCCUCAAUUAUCUGGUUUCCCCAUGUGGCUUUGGGUCUUCCUCAUGGUCUGCCUAAUACUGAACAUCAUUUAGUGAUUUUCUUAAUAACUUAUUCUGGAUUUCUCCAUUCUAUAAGUACUUAUAUCUCAUUAAUCUGCUUCUGUUUCUCUUGAUAAACCUAACGAUGUUUUUUCCUUUCAAAAGUUAUCUUACUCCGUAGUCCUUCAGUUUUCUAAAUUCAUUAGUACCUUUGUUUAAUGCACCUGGUAUACUCCAAAAUAUUUUUAUCUCUAGGGCUCUCAAUCUUUUAUGUGAUUACUGGCCUAAUUGCAGCUUAAUUGCUGCCUAAUGGAAAAUAAUUGUAAUAAAUCGACUUAAAUAUAAAAUAAAUAUUAUAUAGAACAUAAAGUUUGUAUCUAUAUAGAUUUUUAUCAACUGAAAUAUUCCUUGAAUGUAUGGACACAUUGUCACAUAUUUAUAUUAUAUUAAAAUUAUUGUAUUUAUUAAGUGCUAAAGUCUCACGCACAACGGGUGCUACUUUUAUACACUGUGGUCUAGUUAUACAAUGGUGCUACUUUUGUAUUAGAAAAGGUAGCUCAACUUCAGUGAGUUUUUUAUGUUUAUUUUUUACUCAUUAUGUUUUUUGUUUCGUGUAAAUCUUUAUUAUUAUUCCUAAAUGAGUAAUAUAAUUAUUAUUGUAUACUGAGCGACAUAGGAUAUAUUUAAUAAGAUAUUACUUAUAAACAAUAAUUUAUUUGGAAGGGUAAAGUUAAUAAGCAAUAAUUAUUAUAAAUAUUAUUUUUUUUAAAUUUUCUUUCCAAUAGUGUAUAAAGAUUUUUCAUCACGUGUUUAAUACUGUCCACUCAGAUUAUUAUUGUAUUAGAGAAUUUCUACCUAGAUUAUUAUACUGGGAAUAUUUUUAGGUAGAUUGUUACUGUUUAUUUACAACGAGUUUACUAGUUUUGACAACUGAAGCAUUUAAGAAAAUGAGCCAUAAUAAACUGUUAGUUCUGCAAUCAUGUUAAAUUAUCAGGAGGAUAAUAAAAAUCGGCAAUUUUAAGCGCUCGAGUGUACUUUGGUAACAUUAUUUCAUGAAUAAAACUGUAUUAUAAAUAAUUUUUACUAACAUUUUAUUUAUAUCUUCGUCUGAAUAAUUGCUAAACUGUGCUGUUGACUUUGUUAAGUUGAAAAAUUUGUGUCAAAUUAAAUGGAAUAAAUGUUACUGCAUGUUUUUACACAAAGACUUGAAUUUUGUAUUUAAGUAUUGAAAAAUAAUAUGUCCAACAUCACACGAUAGUAAGAAUAAAUAAGAAGAUAUUGCUCCAAUUUUGUUCAAAAACUUGUUUCCGUUCGGCAAUCGUCACUCAAACCUUCCGAGCUCUCGCGUCUAUUGCCAGACAACAAGUUUUCGAAAAAUAGUCGCAUUAGUGUCAAUUUCUUGUCAAUCUCUUGUGAGAUAAAUACUGAUAACUUAUUUAUUAUAUUGAAUAUUCUUGGAAAUGUAUUGAUUUAUGUUUUAAGGUUUAAAAGAUAAUAAAACCUUUUAAGUGAU